UGCUCGGCUGUCCGCGUCCCUCGGGCCUCGCGCGUGCGGCGAGGAGGGCUAUGAGCGUUCUGGGCCGCGUCUCUGGCGCUCGUUGAAGGUGCAGCCUGCCCGGCCAUGGCUCUGAGGGAGCUGAAAGUUUGUCUGCUGGGGGACACUGGUGUGGGCAAAUCAAGUAUCGUGUGGAGAUUUGUGGAAGAUAGCUUUGAUCCCAACAUCAACCCAACAAUAGGAGCCUCAUUUAUGACCAAGACUGUACAGUAUCAAAAUGAGCUGCAUAAAUUCCUCAUUUGGGAUACAGCUGGACAGGAACGGUUUCGUGCUUUAGCCCCAAUGUACUACAGAGGGUCAGCAGCUGCCAUUAUAGUUUAUGACAUCACGAAAGAGGAAACUUUCUCAACAUUAAAGAACUGGGUUAAAGAGCUUCGACAACAUGGACCUCCAAACAUUGUUGUAGCUAUUGCAGGAAAUAAAUGUGAUCUUAACGACGUAAGGGAAGUCAUGGAAAAAGAUGCUAAAGACUAUGCAGAUUCCAUUCAUGCAAUAUUUGUAGAGACAAGUGCGAAAAAUGCAAUAAACAUUAAUGAACUCUUUAUAGAAAUUAGUCGUAGAAUCCCAUCAACUGACACCAACCCCCCAUCUAGUGGUAAGGGCUUCAAACUUAGAAGACAGCCGUCGGUGACAAAGCGCAGCUGCUGUUGACUGGUCCAUUUGAAAAUCAGACUUGUUUAUACAGUAGGUGGUCUUGGAAGUUAAUAGUUCAUGUUGGAUUUAUAUUAUCAGUCUUAGAUCUCUAUCUGCUGGUGUUCAUACGCCCAUGGUCCAGUAAAAAUGGACCAGUUCAUCUGACAUCUGUAUGCUCGCAGAAAAGACUGCCAUGGUAUGUCAGCCUGUUUACUUACAAAAAGUUGUAGUAUCUCUUGCAUUCAAAGGGAAUCCAUCAUCACUUCUUUGGCCUUGCUUAAAAGGAAGCUGACUAUGAAUGGUUGAACUGAAAUGUUUAGUAGUUUUGUAAUUGAGAUUGUGUUUUUGUAAAAAGGAAAACGAGCACUUUUGUGGGACUUGGGGGUGGGUGGAAGGAGUCUGGAUUUUGAAGUUUAGUGAGAUGUCGCUUCUUCUUUUCUUCAGUGAGCCUUAUUUGAAAUGUAAGUGUAGCUAAUCCAAAGUACAGUGGGACAGUUGUGUUUGAGGUGGCUACAGAAUAAGCAAAUGAAGGCAGAUAACAGUCAGAUCAGUCCGUCCACUCCCCAGGACCCAUUUGCACUUUUUAUUUAAAGAUAAGCAGCGGGGGUGGGGACGCAUGCAACAGACCUUAAACCACGGACAAUCUUUUUUUCUGUGCUGACUUAAUCAUUUUGAGGCAAACUGAUAUGCUCAUAGGCAUCUUCUUCUUGUUACAAGUUUUUGACGUAAAGCUGUUGGUCAAAGAAAGCCUAGGUGUAGUUCUGACUAAAUGAAGUGAUUGCUGACUAAAAGCAGAUGCUGUAAACAGAUGCUUCCAAUAGUUCUGAUAAGACUUAAAAGAUCUGGGGGAAGCCUUUAACUGCUUAGCAUGUGUAAAGUGUUCAUAUUAUAUUUAUGAGACCAGUGUUUAAAAUAUUAUAAAUUAUGUAAAAACUGUCUUUAAAAAUUUGCAGUCUUAUUUGCUCCUUCCAUUCCACACCUACAUGUGCACUCCUGGGGUUCUCCAUCAGGUUUUUUUCUCCACCAUCUUUUAGAUAUCCUUGCUGUAAUUUCUUCCAGAGACGGGCUGAAAUUAGUUCUCUUUAAAUCACGUUUGAAAGGUCCAAUAGAGGCUGCUGUUGGUGCAGUGUGAGGUCUGUCUGUUGAACAGGUUUUCAUCUUGGUGCACCCAAUCAUUCUUGCUUUGGGCACAAAAGUGCAAAUAAAAAGUAAAAAAAAACCUUAAGACACGUGGUGAUGUAGAUCAUUACCUCUAAGUUCCUGGGCCUUUUUUUACCUGCUAGGGUUGGGGUUUUGUUUCUUUUAUUGUUUUGGUGGGGCUCUUUUUCUUUCUCUCUCUCUUUUUUUUUUUUUCUUUCAAAUUCAAUGUUUAGCUUAUUGUGUUGGUUUUAGUGUGCUUGCAAUUAAACCAUAGAUUGACCAUACCUUUUUGUGCUUUUUUAGUUUUAUUUUUGCUUUUUUCUUUCCUACUGGCACUGUUGAGGUUCUUUAAAAAGACUCAAGUAAUCAAGUACAUGCUAAUAUGUUGUUAAGCUUUAGUGUGAAAAUGAGGUUUGUUCUGUUUGCAGUCUGGCUUUCUAUCAUCUGAAGUAUUUUCUCUGAAGGAAACACAGAAAAGCAGACUUCAUACCUUUCUUGCAGUUCUGAUCUUGAAUUACUCCAGUUAGUGGAACCAUGGGAAAGGCUGUUGUUUCAGAUUGCCCAAAUGUUGAAGUGAAACUGCUUUUAAAGACUGUGCCUAUGUAAAAUGACAGACUGUUGAUGUAAGUUGGUUUGAGCCAAGGUAACUGUUUGUUGAUCAGUUGGCUUUAGCUGCAAGCUGACGUGCAGUCCUCUGGAUGAGACACACGUUCAGUGUCUCAUUUUCGUUAGAGGAAAAUGGUUUCUUCUGUAUUAGUUUUAGGCCAUCUGCUUCCAUUUUGUACUAGGCUUGCUGAAAUUAAUUAUAUUUUGUCCCAACGUAACUUCUCUAUUUGGGGGCAGAUUAGCCUUUGAGUGUUUGAAAUACUGAUGAUCAACCAUUUCAGCUAACUUAUUAAUCAUUUUGUGAAGGAGUUGUUGAAAAAGCGGAAUAAAACUGAAGUCCUGAGGUUUGCCUUUCUCUUUAAUGAAUGGCACUCAUCACAGAGACUGGAUUUUAAAAUGCUAUAAAAGGGAAGUGAUUGCUGCACAGAGUGUUUUGAAGGGGCAGACAUCAGGUUUGUAAAAAGCUGAUGAGCUGUGUGUCAUAGUGUUGAUCUGGAGCAUUUUUUAACUGACAGAACAUUACUAUUUCUGCUUCUAAACAGUACCAACUCUCUGCUCAGAAAGAAUAGAUCUGUACAAAAACGUCAUUUGAUAAAUAGUUUAUUAUUUAGUUUUGGAGCUAUUUCAAUGUGCUGCCUAAGUUUUGGAGAGGGGUCUUCAUCGUUCCCCAUGAAUUCUCUGUCUCUUAAAUGACCUGUGAUGCUCUUGAUCCGUGCUGAGUAGUUUUGUAGUGUAUUUUAUAUGUGUUUAAAGCUGGCAUGCUAAGUGCCUAGGUAGGUGAAAUGUGGAAGCCUGUGCUUAACAAAACACAGAGGCAUUUAGUAGCCAAACUACUGAAACUUGUAAUAGGUGCUUUAACAAGUUCUAGGAGAAUUCUGACAACUUUUGCUGUUGACAGGGAGGUAAAGACUUUUUAUAUUGUUAGAUACAUGUUGAAGCAAAACAAAUCAUUGCACUUUAAAUCCCUCCUGACUUCAAUGAGACCUUUUCUGGAAGUGCCACAGUAUCAGGCAGAUAACAGCUUAGAAGGGGUGCUCAGCUUAAACUCAUUUUUAAUAUGUUGGUGUAUGUAAUACAAUCUAAUGUUACCAGCCUGCUCAAGAAAAAAAAAUAAAUCUAUGUGCUUGGGAAGAGAGUAAGUAUCAGGCAUAGACAACAUGAGUUCACAAAGGGAAAGCCUUGCCUCGGUGCUUUGAUCUCCUUCAGUGGCAGACCACUUGCUUGGUCUGUGAGGGAAAGGCAGUAGAUGUCCUUCUGGAUCACAAUAAGACCUUUGAUGCUUUUCCUCACAUCAUCCUUAUGGACAAACUGUCCAACUGAGUUGAUAAACUGGCUUGAUGGUAGAACUGAAAGGUCUGUAGAUGGAGCUACGUCUGGUCGGUGGCCAGUCUUUAGCACUUCCCAGUGUUCACUUCUAGAGCCAGCUCUGCUCAACCAUUUAAUCAACAACCUGGGUGCAGGAGUGGAAUGCAAUCUCAGCACAUUUGCUGACGACAAUAAACUGGGAGGUGCUCAUGCCUGGAGGACAGGAGACCUUGCAGAGAGAUUAGAUAGAUUGGAGCAUUGGGUGGUUGGCAGUGGCAUGAAUUUCAGCAACAGUAGAAUGCUGGGUGUUGCACUUGGGGCAGAGCAGUGCCAUAUGCAGGUACAGGCUGAGAGACAAGAAGCUGGAAAGAGCAGCAGAAAGGGACCUGGGAGUGCUGGUGACAGCAGGCUUACACUGAGCCAGCAGUGUGUCCUGGCAGCCAAGAGAGCAAACUGUGUUAUGGAGUGCACACAGCAUAGCUGGCUGGUCAAGAGGUGCAUCUCCUGCCAUAUUUAGAGCUGGUGUAGCCUCACCUUGGAUAUUGUGUGCAGCUCUGGGCUCUGCAAGUUCUUACCCAUACAUCAAAAUUGGCUCAGGAAUCCUUUACUGGCAUUGGAGAACUACAGACAAGACUGAGAGGGGAUCUUACCAACCCUUGUAAAUAUCUUCAGGGCAGAUGAAGUGGCUCUUUUCAGUGGAGCCCAGCGACAGGACGUGGGGCAGUGGGCAAAAUGGGGACACAGGAAGUUCCAUAUGGAAUUGAGAAAAUAUUUGUUUAAUUUGAGGGUGAGGGAACACUGGAACAGCUGCCCAGAGAGUCUCCUCUGGAGAUAUUCAAAACCUGCCUGAAUGUUUUUCUGUGCUUUAAAUCUUGGUUAGCCCUGAAGUGGUUAGGCAGUUCAACUCAGUGAUUUUCAUAGGUCUUUUCCUGAACUAUUCUAUGUUCACAUCACAUCUCUGUUAGUAGAUCACAUCCCUGCUAAUGUUAGGCAAAAUAAGAAUCUGUUGUCAAUCACUAAUCUAAUAUUUCUUAGCAGUGUUUUAGAACAGAAGAACAUCAGCUGACCUUUUUAGAGUUCUAUGACUCCAGCACGACGAAAGAAAGAAGCUUCAAACUAUAUCUUUGUUUCUUAUGCAAGUGUUCAAGUGCCAAAACACAUUUCUCUGUAACUGUUAGGCCUUCUGACGUCAACACUUAUUUUUAAAAAAUCCCUUUUGAUCUUCUGGUAGUCUUGAAAAUUUGCAUGCGAACUCUUUUUUAUCAGUUAGGAUCAAAAAUGUUUGACCUGCCAAAAUCGAAUAAGUGUUACCAGACUGUCCAUGAAGUGUCACUGAUCGUUAGGUUUUUUGAGGGACGUGAGACUAUCCUGAGCAUAUUGAUGGGCUUCGUCUCUGACAUGUUCAAGUCAUCCUUUCCUUCUUUCCUUCUCCUCACAGUUUUCCCCUCAAUUUUUAGGUGUACAUGCUGUAAGCAGCUAUUUCAAAAUCCUUACAGGAGUUUUAGUAGCUCAGAGUUAUUUGAUGCCUCCUAUUUUGCAUGGAAAAUCAAGGCACUAAGAUGAGUUUGGCCCCCUAAAAAUUGGUACAGCAUUUACUGAAACUGUCCUUGUUCUAAAACAGAAAUUUCCUAGAAGAAAUGGUUCUGCUCUUCCCUUUGCAUCAUCCUGCAAGUUAGGAGCUUUAAGUUUUUGCUGAAACACUAACUGCUUUAUUCAAGAAAAUUGGGUUUUUCUUUCAUUCCUGUCAAUGUUUUUAAACACAAGUUACUGAACAAACCAACUGCUAUUCCUGUUCUAAUGCUGAAGGAUACAGACAAGCUUUUGUGCUGUUCUUUUCAUUUGUAUGGACAGAAGACACCAUCCAGUUGUUGCACUUUGGUUUGAGAUGCAGCAAACCUUUGAUAAAUUCACUGCUGCUUUCUUGCUUCAUUUUGUCACAGUGUGAAUUUCCUGUUAUUAAAUCCAUUAUGUUUUCUUGACUAUUUAUUCUUUGUGUCCUUCUGGGAUUUAGCCAAGAAAAGUUGACAAGUGUCUUUUUCUCCUCAAGAGUUCAAGAAAUAUCUGUCAUAGCAGCAAAUAUUUGUGAACAAAAUGGUCAUCUUUAGAGCAGCUUUAUGAAAUCGUCGAGAAAUCAUAGCAGCUGAGACAUGUAGCACUGCUUCACUAUACUAGAUGAGAGGGCAAGAAGCACUUUCGUCUAGAGGAAGUAAAUUAUUGUAAAGCCUAACAGCAUCAUGUGAAGUAUAGAAACGAUUAACUUCUUUUGUACUUGGUAUUUCUGAAUAUAGUGCAUCCAGCAUUGAAAUUGUGGCACAGUGAAUUGACAUAAGACUCAGAAAUGGAGGAUAUUUAGCUGUAAGACACUUAAGACUUCUUGGCAAUCUUCCCCUUUGCACCCUCUCAUCCCCCAGUAUGAUGAAGAAAAAAGGGAAUCAUUCUGGAAGUGUCUAAACAAAAACUUUACAUUUGCAUUUGUGUAUUUGGGGCACAAGGAUCACCUGAUGUGCAUUUAGCUCUUGCGGUGUAAUAAAUGCAUGCCUGUAAAAUUAAGCGUGAAGGUUAACUUGGAAUCAGCAGUUGUUAUCCCUCUUAAGAACCAUCUGCCUUUUCCUUAUGGUAUUGAGUUAACCUGGUAAAAAGAUGGAAGGAUCUGUGCCUUCUUAUUGUGGUGUCUCUUACUGCAACAAACUAAAGCCGCUCAAAGUUACAGAGCAUCUGCAGCACUGUAAACUGCACAAAUUUACUACCAUUGCUUCACUGCAUGAAACGUAGUCAGAUCACGAGUGAUGAAAUCGUACAGUGAUGAGUUCCCAAGCUAAUGAAUGUUCUGAGACUUUUCUAGUCUUCUCUUGGGCUGGUCCCGAGGGCGUGUACAGGUUUGUCUGUAUUGUUGGUUUGUAGAUGCUAAUGAGGAAAACCAGACUUUAGUUUUCUCCUUUUAGUUUGUAUUGUUAUACUGCCAUGUAGUGCGUAGAAUGAAGAUUAAGAAAUGUUGGUUUGGCAUAAUGUAAACGGCAUUUUCAGCUUACGCGUUCAUAAUAAACUUUUAUAGUGUAAUAACAUGCUAAAUCACUACCAGUCCAAUGUAUUGUGCAAAAAAGGUGUAAACAUUUUAUUAAUAAAAAGCCCUGUUUAUAAA